AUGGUUGUUUCUGAUGCCAAACUGAUCCGCUGUUGUACAGCACUUCUGUGUGAUUGCAUUGGACUGUUGAGUCGAGACUUUCUCUGCAGUGAAGUUUUCCCAUUCCAACAGCUCUUCCGGAAACUGGAGCAGUGCAAUACAGAGCUGAAGAAGUACAGCCACGUCAACAAGAAAGCUCUGGAUCAGUUCGUCAACUUCUCUGAGCAGAAAGAGAAGCUCAUCAAGCGGCAGGACGAGCUCGAUCGCGGCUACAAGUCCAUCAUGGAGCUCAUGAACGUCCUGGAGCUGCGCAAGUAUGAGGCCAUCCAGCUCACCUUCAAACAGGUGUCCAAGAACUUCAGUGAGGUUUUCCAGAAGCUGGUUCCUGGCGGGAAGGCCACGCUGGUGAUGAAGAAGGGCGAUGCCGAAGGCAGCCAGUCCCAGGAUGAAGAAGGGGGCGCAGACAGCGAGAGGGGCUCCGGCUCUCAGAGCAGCGUUCCCUCCGUGGAUCAGUUCACUGGAGUUGGCAUUCGGGUAAGAGGUUCAGGGUUUGACUCAGAACAACGUGGCUUUCCAAACUUCAAACAGGGUUCCCGCGGGGUCUUAAAAAGUCUUAAAAACCUUGAGUUUGAAAAUUUGGAAAUAAGGUCCUAAAACACAUUAAAAAAG